CCUUGUAGACUAGGUCCUGAUUUGUAUGUGCUGCGCGUCGUUCGUGAGCCCAGGCGCGCCACGCUGCCCUGGGGGCGUCUCUUGCUAUCUUGCUAUAGAUUCUUUAAGCCGUUGUUCUCAAGCGUUUGGGGGUUUUGUGUGCAUAGCUAUCUAGCCGACAGCUAGGGUCCCUCGUCCCCGGUUCCUGGGCUCGCUCAGCUUCUUCGCCGAAGCCCAGCGGUGAGAAAGGCGCGUCGCCACCUCCUCAAGGGAUGGAGCAGACCGAGGUGCUGAAGCCACGGACCCUGGCCGAUCUGAUUCGCAUCCUGCACCAGCUCUUCGCCGGCGAGGAGGUCAAUGUGGAGGAGGUGCAGGCCGUCAUGGAAGCCUACGAGAGCGACCCCGCCGAGUGGGCAGCGUACGCCAAGUACGACCAGUACAGGUACACCCGAAAUCUUGUGGAUCAAGGAAAUGGAAAAUUUAAUCUAAUGAUUCUAUGUUGGGGUGAAGGACAUGGCAGCAGUAUCCAUGAUCACACCAACUCCCACUGCUUUCUGAAGAUUCUGCAGGGAAAUCUAAAGGAGACAUUAUUUGCCUGGCCUGACAAAAAGUCCAAUGAGAUGAUCAAGAAGUCUGAAAGAACCUUGAGAGAAAACCAGUGUGCCUACAUCAACGAUUCCAUUGGCUUACAUCGAGUGGAGAAUGUUAGCCACACGGAACCCGCUGUGAGCCUUCACUUGUACAGUCCACCUUUUGAUUCAUGCCAUGCCUUUGAUCAAAGAACAGGACAUAAAAACAAAGUUACCAUGACAUUCUAUAGCAAAUUUGGAAUCAGGACUCCAUUUACAACUUCAGGAUCACUGGAAAACAACUAAGGAGCACCAAGCCCUCUGAAGUUUUACUUUAAGGUCUGCUGAAGUUUUGCCUUGGACAGGAAGGCCUCCCACCAUUUACUGUUCAGUAAUAUACUUUACAAAGCCAAUAUUUAGAUCUCCUGUAAGGCAGAUGGUAAUUACAAGGCAUUAAGUAUGCCAGUAGUGCUCUGAGCUACUGCAGAAGAAAAAUCCCACUAAGAAAAAAAAAAGCCUUGUGAUUUUAAAGGCCAUGUCAGGUGCUCUCUUGGUUUAAUCCUCAUUGGAACCAUACUGGAAAUAUCAGUGAAGGUUUUUAUAGCUUCUGGAAACACUUCGGUCUCUGAACUGUAAUUAGCAAUAAAUAAAAACAAGAAACCAUAGACAUCAAAUGCCUGCCUUGUUACUUGGAUAACGAAAUGUAGAUGUCUUUAGUAUACUUCGUAUGUUCUUAAUAUUUGAAGAUAAGUUUUUGAAUCUGAAUUUUAUUUUUUCAGUCUUAUUUUACAGAUUCCUGUUCUAUAAGUAAUAGGGUCUUAUAGAUAGAAAAACAAGGUACUUUGACGUUUGGUAAUGAAAUGAAAGGCAGAGGAUUUAGAAAAGUACCUGUAUACAACAAACCAAAAACAUAAACUCAUGUCUAGUGUAUCCAGUGACCAUAAUCAAAGACUUUGUAAUACUCC